UCCAAAACUCAGCCCCUCUUUCUUCCCUCCAACUCCCAAGCAAAGAAUCCAAAUCUUCUCCCUCCCUCUCUCUCUCUCUCUCUCUCUCUCUCUCUCUCUCUCUCUCUCUUUCUCUUUCCCCGUCUCCACCCUUCAUUCUUCCUCUGAUCUCUCCGCCAACAACAAGAUGGACAGACUCCGAGUCCUUGCUUCGAAUUCGGCGGGAACAUUGCUCGCUUUGGACGAGCUCUGGCCGGAAAGCGCCGGCGGCGGCUGGGCGACGGUGGUGGUGAUGCUCCUCGUGUCGUGGAAGCUCCUGCGGCUCUUCUUCUACUGCCGCCGCCCCGUGGCGAUCUCCGGAGCGUAUUUUAGAGGAGGUUCUUCCGCAAGGGUAUCCAACCUCAUCACCGAUGCUGAUCUGAGAGACUUGAUGAUUAGUUUGGAGGGGAAACCCAAACGGAACGAGAGAUGGGAAGAUCUGAUUGAUAAAACCAGUAAUCUUGUGUCCUAUAAAGCAAAGUUCUCCCGUCCAAAAGAUGGCCCAUUGAAGUUCUACAGCGUUACAACAUUCGAGAAAUGUUCUGCAGAGCUAUUAAGAGAUUUCUACAUGGACAAUCAGUACAGAAGAAAGUGGGACAACAUUGUGAUUCACCACGAGCAGCUGCAGGUAGAUGAAAAUAAUGGGACAGAAAUUGGACGUUGUAUUAAAAAGUUCCCUCUCCUGACACCAAAAGAAUAUAUAUUGGCAUGGCGCGUGUGGGAAGGAAAAGACAAAACCUUUUAUUGCUUUACCAAGGAUUGUGAGCAUCCUAUGCCUGUAAGACAAAAUAAAUAUGUUCGUGUUGGUUUUUUAAGAUCAGGUUGGCGCAUAAGAAAAGGCAAGCAGAUUUUUGUUAUCAAAUUUGUGACUUUAAUAUCAUUGAGAAAUAAGUUUUUUAUAUUUAUUUUUUAUAUUGUGUGCUUCUUGAAGGCAUGGAUUGACUAGGUUUAUGGUAUCAAAAACAUUAAUACAUAUUCUUCUUUAUUAUGAAGUUCUAGUCCAUAAUAAGGCCAGUUUAAUUAUACUUAUCUCACAAAACAGCCACUAACCUUGAUUGACCUGCAAUGGAAACCCU